AUGCGGGUUCCUCAUCCUGAGCAGGGAGGACUCCACCAUGAUCCUGCAGACGGGGCAGGAGAUCCUGGAGCUGGACACGAGCGGCUUCGCCACCCAGGGACCCACCGUGUUCGCCGGGAACCUGGGGGACGGACAGUACAUCGUGCAGGUGUCACCCCUGGGGCUCAGGCUGCUCGAGGGAGUGACUCAGCUGCACUUUGUGCCGGUGGAUUUGGGGUCCCCGAUCGUUCACUGUGCGGUGGCCGAUCCCUUCGGGGUCCUGCUCAGCGCCGAGGGCCACCUGGCCACCUUCACCCUCAAAGGGGACACCUACGGCGGCCGCGCCCCACGCCUGGCCCUGCUCAGGCCACCCCUGUCAUAU